AUGAGGGCACAACUUUUCAGCGCCCUCGUAAACAUCGCCUACACCACUCUCCUCCCUACCUUCAUCAUCGGUCGCCGACUGUUCAUCGCCAUCGUCUGGACUUCCAAGUUCACCGACCUUGACAUUGUCCAAUUUCUCCUCGCUGCGGCAUGCUUUGGACCCGCAUGGCUCAUUUCCGCUGGUAUAUUCGUCACCAUCUGGCGUACCUACGUCCUGUUUCCAGACAAUCGCCAAGACCGUGAGGGAAAUAUAGUCCCGUCCCUGGAAGAACUCUGGAAGACUGUGUAUCAUCACAAUGGGGUACUGCACACGGACUGCCGAUGCCGGAAACACGACUCGGAUUCUCACCUCUUGCGAUGUGGACACAUUGUGUCCCAUCAGACUCUGAAGCAGAUGAGUAAAGAGCCCGAAGGCUGGAAUUUCUGCAGCGCGUGUCAGAUGGUUGCUUUUCAUCGGGGCGACAGCCAUCUCACGGCAUUCGCGAAAUUCACGGUGGGAUCUACGUGUGUCAGCGUUGUCAUGUUGGGGAUGGGUGUUUCCCUGGAUGCCAAGAUGGAGAUGAAAGCGCUUCGCGUGAUCAUGCUAUUGCCGAGCCUGUGGUUCUUCUACGGCGCAAUCAAGUUGCGCGACUGCGAGGGGUUUGAAUGGUGGAGGAAAAUCCCGAACUUCUUUAAUGGACGUGUUGCUCAGGGCAUUUUGUUUGUGAUGCCUGUCACCGCGAUCCUGGCGACCUGGUCGGUUGAGAGAUUCUACGAAGCGAUUGUUGAAUUACCACAGGAGUUCUUCGGCGUUGCGACUGUAGCUACUGGAGCGCUGGGUGUCGGUCGGUUGCUUUUACGAAGAUAG